CCGAGGUUGAGGGGACCAGGAGUGGGCUGCGGGAGGGCGGGACUGGCCCCUGAUCCAGAGCAGCGGGUGACAGCAGCCGAGACGAUGAGAAGGGCGAUUUAGAGAUUGGCCUGAAGGAGGAACCCUCCCUCCUGCGCGGAAUGCGAUGUUAAUUCUGGGGCAUUGAUGUUUUACAAUGCCUGAUCAAGACAAAAAGGUGAAGACCACAGAAAAAUCAACUGAUAAAAAACAGCAGGGAAUCACCACCAGGGACUAUUCAGAUCUUAAAAGACUUCGGUGCCUUUUGAACGUUCAAUCAAGCAAACAACAGCUUCCAGCCAUUAACUUUGAUAGUGCCCAAAAUAGCAUGACGAAGUCUGAGCCCGCCAUCAAGGCGAGUGGACACAGAGCUCGAGGUCAGUGGCACGAGUCCACAGAAGCUGUUGAACUUGAAAAUUUUAGUAUAAACUACAAGAAUGAGAGAAAUUUCAGCAAACAUCCCCAGCAUAAACUGUUUCAGGAGAUCUUUACAGCCUUGGUGAAAAAUAGACUCAUAUGCAGAGAGUGGGUUAAUCGAGCUCCAUCUAUUCAUUUUCUGAGAGUGUUGAUCUGUCUGAGACUACUAAUGAGGGAUCCAUGUUAUCAGGAAAUACUCCAUAACCUGGAUGGGAUUGAAUACCUAGCUCAGUACAUGGAGAUCGUGGCCAAUGAGUACCUCGGCUAUGGAGAAGAACAGCACAGUGUGGACAAGCUGGUCAACAUGACGUAUAUUUUUCAAAAACUUGCUGCUGUCAAAGACCAAAGAGACUGGGUCACCACUAGCGGAGCCCACAAGACAUUAGUAAAUUUACUCAGUGCCCGGGAUACUAAUGUUCUAUCGGGCGCCCUCCUGGCUCUGGCUAGUUUAGCUGAAAGUCCAGAAUGUAGGGAGAAGAUAAGUGAACUCAACAUUGUAGAAAAUCUGCUGAUGAUUUUACAUGAAUAUGACUUGCUUUCCAAAAGACUCACUGCAGAGUUACUGCGCUUACUUUGUGCCGAGCCCCAGGUGAAAGAGCAGGUGAAGCUCUAUGAGGGGAUCCCCGUCCUCCUCAGUCUGCUUCACUCCGACCACCUGAAGCUGCUCUGGAGUGUUGUCUGGAUUCUGGUUCAGGUUUGUGAGGACCCCGAGACCAGUGUGGAAAUUCGCAUUUGGGGAGGCAUCAAGCAGCUUCUUCAUAUUUUACGAGGGGACAGAAAUUUUGUUUCUGAUCGUUCUUCCAUCGGAAGCCUGUCUAGUGCAAAUGCAGCAGGCCGAAUCCAGCAGCUUCAUUUGUCAGAAGAUUUAAGCCCUCGGGAAAUACAAGAAAAUACUUUCUCUCUUCAAGCAGCCUGUUGUGCUGCCCUCACGGAGCUGGUGCUGAACGAUACCAACGCCCACCAGGUGGUUCAGGAAAAUGGUGUAUAUACAAUAGCAAAACUCAUUUUACCCAACAAACAAAAGAAUGCAGCAAAAACUAAUCUAUUACAGUGUUAUGCCUUCAGAGCCUUGAGGUUCCUCUUCAGUAUGGAAAGAAACAGACCACUCUUUAAAAGACUUUUCCCCACCGACUUGUUUGAGAUCUUCAUCGAUAUAGGACAUUAUGUUCGUGAUAUCAGUGCUUAUGAAGAAUUGGUAUCCAAGCUGAAUUUAUUAGUGGAGGAUGAACUGAAGCAAAUUGCUGAAAAUAUCGAAAGCAUUAAUCAGAAUAAAGCUCCUUCAAAAUAUAUAGGCAACUAUGCAAUUUUGGAUCAUCUUGGAAGCGGAGCUUUCGGCUGUGUUUACAAGGUUAGAAAACGUAGUAGUCAAAAUCUUUUAGCAAUGAAGGAGGUCAAUUUACAUAACCCAGCAUUUGGAAAGGAUAAAAAAGAUCGGGACAGCAGUGUAAAGAAUAUUGUUUCUGAAUUAACCAUAAUUAAAGAGCAGCUUUAUCAUCCCAAUGUUGUACGCUAUUACAAAACAUUUCUGGAAAAUGAUAGGUUGUACAUAGUUAUGGAGCUUAUAGAAGGGGCCCCUCUUGGAGAGCAUUUCAGCUCUUUGAAGGAAAAACAACAUCAUUUUACUGAAGAAAGACUAUGGAAAAUAUUUAUACAGCUGUGCUUAGCUCUUCGGUACUUACACAAGGAGAAGAGGAUUGUCCAUAGAGAUCUGACGCCAAACAAUAUUAUGUUAGGGGACAAGGACAAAGUAACAGUUACUGACUUUGGCCUCGCAAAGCAAAAACAAGAAAACAGUAAACUCACAUCUGUUGUUGGAACAAUCCUGUAUUCCUGCCCUGAGGUCCUGAAGAGUGAGCCGUACGGGGAGAAGGCUGAUGUCUGGGCGGCAGGCUGCCUCCUUUAUCAGAUGGCGACUCUGAAUCCUCCCUUCUAUAGCACCAACAUGCUCUCGCUGGCUACGAAAAUCGUGGAGGCAGUAUAUGAACCAGUGCCAGAAGGCAUCUACUCUGAGAAAGUGACAGACACUAUCAGCAGGUGCCUCACUCCUGAUGCAGAAGCCCGCCCAGAUAUUGUAGAAGUCAGCUCCAUGAUAUCAGAUGUCAUGAUGAAGUAUUUAGACAACUUAUCUACAUCUCAGCUGGCCUUAGAGAAGAAGCUGGAACGGGAACGCAGGCGCACGCAGAGGUAUUUUAUGGAAGCCAACCGGAACGCUGUCACGUGUCACCAUGAGCUGGCUCUGCUAUCUCAAGAAGCCUUUGAGAAGGCAAGCUUGAGUAGCAGCAGCAGUGGAGCAGCCAGCCUGAAAAGUGAGCUUUCAGAAAGCGCAGACCUGCCCCCCGAAGGCUUCCAGGCCCCGUGUGGUAAGGAUGAAGACAGGGCCUGUGAGGAAAUCCUGCCAGAUGAUAACUUCAACUUGGAAAAUAUUGACAAAGAUAUAUAUUCAGAGCUAGAUGAUGAAUUGGACAUUUCAGAUAACUCCAGCAUUUCCAGUUCAAGCCCUUUGAAAGAAUCGACCUUCAGCAUUUUAAAGAGAAGUUUUAGUGCUUCAGGAGGAGAAAGACAAUCCCAAACAAGGGACUUCACUGGUGGAAUAGGAUCAAGACCAAGACCAGCUUUGCUGCCUCUUGACCUGCUUCUGAAAGUGCCACCCCUCAUGCUCAGGGCCCAAGUUAAGGAGCUAGAGACCGAGUUAGUGACGGGGUGGCAGUCCCACAGCCUUCCUGCUGUGAUUCUCCGCAAUCUCAAAGACCAUGGGUCACAGAUGAGCACAUUCUUGUGGCAAGCGUCUGCAGGGAUUGCUGUGUCCCAGAGGAAAGUACGUCAGAUCAGUGAUCCCAUUCAGCAGAUCUUAAUUCAGCUGCACAAAAUCAUCUACAUCACACAGCUUCCUCCAGCCUUGCACCACAAUUUGAAAAGAAAGGUUAUAGAGAGAUUCAAGAAAUCCCUCUUCAGCCAGCAGAGUAACCCUUGUAAUUUGAAAUCUGAAAUUAAAAAGUUAUCUCAGGGGUCUCCAGAACCGAUUGAGCCCAACGUUUUCACAGCAGAUUAUCAUUUAUCAUGUCAUUCGUCAGGUGGACACAGCCUGUCCCCAAAUGACCCGGCAGAUCUACCCACCAGCUUUGAUUUGGAGGAGGGAAUAACAUAUGAACAGAUGCAGACUGUGAUUGAAGAAGUCCUAGAGGAAAGUGGUUAUUACAAUUUUACUUCUAACAGGUAUCACUCCUAUCCGUGGGGGACCAAGAAUCACCCAACCAAAAGAUGAAAAUGCUGUAUUUUGAAUGGAUUUGAUUUUCCCCAUGAAGUUCAAGUUCUGGACUUCAGCUACUGCUGCAAGAUGCCCAAGGAUGGGGUGCUGCUAAAAGAGAGUGGAAGAGAAAAGACCAAGUUGCCAUGGUGCCCGCAGGACCUCUUUCUGGAGGUCUGGUGUUAGGCUAUAUGACGGCUAUGUGCUUGGAGGCUCCAUUCCUAGGACGCAUUAUAUACAGGAUGACAGCGCUCUCAGUGUGCUCCUGGAAGAAAAUGCUGCACAAUUCAUCUGUGGGAAGAAAACCCACUCCUCACAGAAGUUUCCUCCAAGUUAAAAAGAAAAACAAAACCUUGUCAUAUUUUUCAAAGGAAUAUUUUAUACUUAGGAUUGCUGAAACUAUGUUUAAAGGCAUCUAACCUUCUAUGUAUAAAAAAUAGUUUUAGAUAAAGAAAAUUAUAGGACUCAAAAUAAUAGUAUAUUGGGUGAUUCACUGUAUCUCUUUAUUUUUUUUAAUCCUAAAAGAAAUUCAAAAUAUGUGAUUGAAUUGUUUUUGUUUUUGUUUGUUUUAAUGAAAGGAUUGGUUCUCUCUUAAGCACUUAGGUGCUAGUGGUCUUGAACCGUGAUAAGGUGUAGACAGUAUUUGUAACCUUGCACAGCCUUUGGGAAUAACUGUCAAAUUGUCAAAUUGUCAAAUUUAAGGUAGACUAAUAGAAUAUAUUGAUGUCCAGUGUGUAUAUGUACAUAUAUGUGGGGGGAAGGGGGAGUUUUGACUAGGCUAAUGCUUUGCUGCUAAUCAAAUUUAUAAUGUUUUUAGAGCACUUUGAAGCGUUCAUAGAAUCUAUGAGAGAGAUGCAAUGUUCCUUAUUCUAAGUUCCUCUUUACUAAAAUUACCUACAUUGUUUUAAAACUUUUAUCAUUUGGGAAUUUGAAAUGAAAAUAAGUUAUAUAAUAAAGCACAAGUUCCUUCUUUAUUCAUUGAAAUGUCCCUAAAAAAGAGAAAUCAGAUGCCAGUGUCCCAUUCCUGUAGGGAGCAUUUAUGAUGAAAAUUUUCUGGAUUCUCAUUGGGCUAAAGUUUCUUCAACUGGCUUCUUAUAACUGGUGUAAUGUCAAGAAAGGCCCUUAUUGCCAAAUCAGACUGUACUUCUGACUACUUAAAGAACAUUUUGAUUCUAUAUAAUUAGUCAUCAGAAAGCUGAAAUUAUGCUUUUUAUUUACUUCUCACUGAGUUCUGUUGUUUUUAUUUGUAUAGGUAUAUUUUUAGCACGACUAAAUAGAAUUUAGUUAAAUAUAUUUACAGUGGUUGAAGCACAAUAAUCUUUUGUGUAGUAUGGAAAAAUCUCAAUGCGAAUCCAUGCUAUUUUUAAAAUUAGUAUAUUUAAUACUUACGUGAUAUCCAAAUUCCCUUUAACCAGUGUCUUUUAAGAUUGCCAAUGAAUCUUUGUCUUUAAACCAAAUUAGUAAUUACAAAUACACUGUAAUUUAAAAUAAUAGAUGCAAGUGCAGUAACGGAAAAUUUCAGUUUCAGCUUUCAAACCAAUUCCAUCCAUAUGUGAAAUUUACAUGUGAAAUCAAAAUGCUAUGAUUUUGUUGACUUAAACCAGGCAAAAUUUUAUUCCUAUUCCAACUUAACUUGAACCUGCACUAUUAUCUUUCAUAUCUUUUCGUGUAUGAAAGAGGCACAUUUCCUCAUUGUGUAGGAGACACAGGCCUACAGGGGCGCGUAUUUUAAUUGUGAUAGAAGCCAGUAUCUAGAAAUGAAUCGAGCUACAGGAUGAAAGUCUGAACAAUAAAUUUCUUUCUCAAAUGAUAAUGUAUAGUAAAAUAGAAUAGUAUUCAGAGCUUACAGCUUGAUAAGAAAAGAGAAAUUAUUUAUUUGAAGGUAUUUUUAAAUGCAUACAGUUGACCUUAUUGACCAGACAGGGAGCAAAAUGUUUCUAUUUAACUAACUCUUUUAGACCAUACGAAUGGCGUUUAUUAUGCUAGAAGCUAGUAAGAAGUCACAAAAAUAAGCAAAUGAAUGUCCUUUUUAAUAGCAGCGUUAGGCCACCAAUUCUAUGCUGGAGAUGCAUUCUUUUGCCGAAGUGAUGAAUGUGUUCUAUUUGAAUCCCCGCUUAAACUACCACCGUCACUGAAUCAACAUUCUCCCAGUGCAAGACCUAACCUUUAAGGGAAAGUUAGGGGCUGGGAAGGGAGCCUUUCGUGUGUGGCGUCACAUCCCAACAAUGAAGUUAACUUUUCAAAGCCCUCACUUUCUAACCUUCCAACAAGGAGCCCCUCCCCUCACAAUAAAACAACAAUGAUCAUUUUAUUUUGACUAUCUGAACCGUGCAAAGAAGUUGUUACUUGAACUUAAUAGGCCUCAUAAGCUCUUUUUGAUUGCAUUUAAAAAUGUGCUCUUCCUUUUGUAUAAUUUUUAAUUAUUUGCUGUGUGAUGUGAUCCCUGUGAACUCAUCUAAUUCUCAGUCACUGAAUAUUUGUAUGGGACAGAAUAUGAAUCAGGCUUUUCAGAUCACUUUCGAGACACAAAUACUUCAGUGAGUUAUAUUUUGAUCCACCAGCUCUAACUGAAUAUGUACUUGAAACCUUCAUUUGCUUUUUAAAAGCAAAAUGUUCCAUUCUCAGGGAAGUGACUGCAGCCAGCAUAUGUGCUUACUGGCUGUUAACCUGGUCUUCUUCCAGAUGUGUGCUAUUUAGUUAGAGAUCCUCAGGGAAUAGUAACAUCCACACUAGACCCAGUGCUCAUGGAUAAAUUUCAGAAACUUUCUAGAGAAAUGCUGCUGGAGUUUAAUGUGACGUUUGUGUGGCAUUGGGCAGUGUGCACAAUCUGUUUUGCAUUCUAAAGCAGAACCUAAUUAAGAAACCCUGUUAUGAAGUCUUACCCAAUGAUGGAACUGAUUAGGAGUUAAGGUCUUCCUAGAGGUACCUCCUAGAGGUACCAUUUAUGACUUAUUAAAUACUAUGAAUUUUGAUAUUCAAAAACAAAUACAGGACUGGUUGAUUAUGUGCAAUUACAGCAAUAUCAUCAGUUAAUCACUACUUAUAUUUAAGAUAUGUGAAGGCAAUAAUAUUGUUUAGUCAGUUCUAUCAGUAUUAAUAUCAUGGAAUCCACAUCCUUCUUUUUGAUUGCUGAAUUGCAAAAUAUGUUUACCGCUAUUUUUCUCUUUUAUUUGGAGUGGUCAGGAUUAAAUAUGCUGGAUUCCUUUAAAAAUGACUUCAGCUUCUAUUUGAAGGCAGGAAAACUUCUUUUUAAGCUACUUGUAUUGUUUGCCUUUUUUUUUUUUAUAGUGUAUAUUCAUGAGCACAGAAAUUGACUGUCGAAACAGGCAAGUCAAAGGAAUCAGGGCAGAAUCAGCUUCUUGGCAUCUGGAGAUGCAGCUAUGAAGGGCUCCUAAGAAAGGGAAGCUCAAUGCUUCCAUAUAUGGACAUUGACUCUGGGUGAAAUUCCGUUCAAAUAUGAAAUUCUUCAUGUUCGACAACUAAAUGUGAUAAUAGCGUAUUCUACAUACACAUUUAUGAUCUCUUUCAGAUUGUAUACUUUGAUGGAAAUUACAUCGUUUUGGACAGAUUAUUUUUUCAAUUGAAAUGUGCUGCUAACAGUAUGCUUACCCCUGAAGGCUGUUUUUCAGGAUGAUAGGAAGACACAAAUGUCUCAGGGAAGCACCUUUGUGAUAACGGAAUUCUUAUAUGUCAUUACAGUUAAAUUGCAUGUUGUAAAUAUGACUGUUAUGAUUGAUUACAUUCCUGCUGUGAUGUUGUUUUGAGAUUUUCAAGAGGGACAGGAAGGAUUUUAUGAUUUUGGUGGGGUGACUGAUGGCUGUUGCAAUUUUACACUCCGUCUGGGUCCACGGACAGUAGUUGUUUUUAAAGGUGAAGAUAACGCACCCUAAAAUCUUAGCAGCAUUCUUGGUAUGUGAGGUAUGCUAGAUUUUUUUUAACUACAUAUAUGCAGCAAUUAACUAAUAAUAGAAUUUUUUAAAUACAGUUUCUCGCUUUAUUCUAAAAGUCAAUGAACUCUCUUCUCUAUUGAAAACUGAAUAUUAUUUCUCUAACCGUGACAAGCUACCUUUUUCCCAUUUUGUGGUAUGAAGCUUUGCACUGUGCCCAGGAACUGUAGUUAGAGGUAGCAGAAGUGUAUCCUAGCAAAUACAUGGCUCUUUAGAUGCUAUCAUUUGGAAGUAGCUUACCCUUGUUUCCUCUGAACAAAGAGGAGUUUUGUCUUGAUAGAAAAUCACUGUCAUUUUGACAGGUAAUCAUCAAAACUAGAUGGAUCCUUGGAAUUGAUCUGGAGAGUUCACAAAUGAAAAAUUAGCUGAAGUUUUUGCAAACGUGUGAGGAACUGGUCCCAUAAAAUAAGUAGAGAGAGGUUUGUCCAAGAAAUAACAAGAGGAGCACACGUGUUAAGGCCUUAGCAACUGUGAAGUCAAACUGUGAAGGUCACUUCUAUAAUAAUAUUCUGAACCCUUGACUUAGUUCUACAUUUCAAGCGCCGUUUGAGUCGGGAUUCUGAAAAAGAAUAUAAGACUUAUAAAUGGCUUGAAAUUUUAGCUUUCCUUGCCCUCCUUGCUCUCUGAGUUUACCUCAUACUUUAGCAAAUUCUGAAGGAAAUGGAGCUGGUUUAGGGACACUUCUUGUCAAGAAGGAACAUAUGAAGUAUUUGUAUGAACCCAACAUUGCACUGAGGGAGGUGAAUGAAUGUAAGCACUCAGAAGUGAAAUCCUAACUUGUGAAGAUGAAGAUGAAUCUUUCAGGAGGGGAGAUGAUCCUCAAAUAAAAACUGCUUUGAGAAGUUGGAGGGCAAGGAGAAGGCAAACGGUUCCCCAGUGCCUGGCAUUGCCCAGCAGGCAACAGGCCAGUCACAGGGUGGGAAGUGAUUGGCAAGGGGCCAGGAACUUGAAUGCUUCCUGCUGCAGGGUCUCCUGGGAGCAGCUGAGCCAAUCUUUCCCCAGCAUACAGUUAUCCUUGAACCAUUAUAUUGGCACUGUCACCAGUAAGUUGACCAUCCAGAAUAGCAGCAGAUGGCUUUCUAAGGCUCCCCAGUAACUUGAUGGUUAACUCUUUAGGACAGCUCCCUAUGAAGCAUUCUAAAGAUAUUAGACUCCCUGAAGAAGCAGUUUUGUCCACCAUUAAGUGAACGUGCUUCUGCCCCUAGGGACCAUGUUUUCUUCCCCAUCUUUCAUCCAGGGCCUCAGGCCCAUUUCAUCUGACAAUGCAAAUUUUACAGACAUAUAUAUGGAACUUAAAUAGGUAAAUUCCGACAGAUUUGAAUACGUUUACAUUUAGCUAGAUUAGAAAAGGAACAUUUCAAGAUACUGCAGUUGUUUGCAAGUAAGCUAGCUGAUAAUCAGGCUGUAGAAAGAUUCCAUCAUUUAGCUUUCCCAAGAUGGGAAAGAAAAAAAUCACUUAAAAAUCUUUUCAGUGCAUUUUGUUUACUGACAUUUAGUGAAUCCAAACUGAAUUAUGAUGCUUCCUGUAUCCUGUUGUUCCCAGUGGUGAGUUUGUGAGGAUCAAAAAGAACAGAGCUGUCCUCUGAAAAGAAGGGCAGCCCCUCAUCUCGUGCCUAGAGCUUCUAGUCUCUGGACAGUAUCAGGUCCAAGAUAAAAGCUUGUGUCCACAGAAUGGAAAAGUACUUUCAAUUUGCUUUUUUCCCCUCAGCCUCUGAGAGAGCAUCUUACUCUCUUCCAGCUCCAUCCCAAGGCCUGUAUCCUGUUGGCACUACCUCCUCCCCAUUCCUAUCAGAGGAAGAGACUGUGACAAAGUUUCCUGCAGGAAGCGCUGUGUUGUCAGAGGGAAUAUUUGUAGUUCUGUGAUGGUGUGUGAUAUGGAAGGCAGAAGGAUGAUGGACUCCUCUACACAUAAUUGUGUCCUUCUAAAGCCUCCAAAACGCUUCCUGCAUGAGCACACUGAAACUCUAAAGUGAUGAUGGAGUUGGAGGCCUUGGAAGAGAAGAAAAAUGGAAUGCUUCUAUGAAAGAUUUUAUACAAAAGAUUCAAGUGGCCUUUAUUUUUGCUAUUGCUUAAAUAUGCUCUG